AUGACAAGAAAACAACAUUUAGAAGCAUUUGACCAAAUGCUAAAGGAUAUUACUGAUUCAGAUCUACCAUUCGGAGGAAAAGUAGUUGUUUUUGGUGGAGAUUUUAGACAAGUUUUACCAGUAGUUCGUAAAGGUACAAGAGAAGAACAAGUUCAAUCAAGUUUGGUAUAUUCAUAUUUGUGGUCUACAUUAACCAAAUUCCGAUUAAUAGAAAACAUGCGAGCAAAAUUAGAUCCAGCAUUCUCAAAUUAUGUACUAGAAGUUGGAAACGGGAUGCCUCCAAACACAGUUAAUGAAAUGAUAAAAAUACCACACCAAAUGCUUAUUCCAUACGUUGAAGAAAAGAUUUCCGUUGAUCAACUCAUAGAAGAUGUUUUCAACAACCUUAUUGAUUUUUCAAACAAUAUUUCAACUAUGAUGAAUCGAGCAAUAUUAACACCGAAAAAUGAUUUUGUAGAUGAAAUAAACACAUUGUUAAUUAAUAGAUUCCCUGGUGAAGCACAACGGUAUUACAGUUAUGACGAAACCAUAGAUGUAUCUGAACAACCUGUAAUGGAAGACUUAUUACACAAAUUAACUCCUAAUGGACUCCCGCCACAUGAAUUAAUACUUAAGAAGAAUUGUCCAAUAAUGCUACUCAGAAACAUAAAUGCUUCAGAAGGACUAUGCAAUGGAACCCGCCUAAUUUGCAGAGGUUUUGAUCGAAAUAUCAUAGACGCAGAAAUUGCAGUGGGACAUUAUAUUGGAAAAAGAGUAUUCAUACCAAGGAUUCCGUUCUUACCUAAUGUUGAUGAAAAUACUGGGUUUCCAUUCAAAAGAACUCAAUUCCCAAUUAGAUUAAGUUUUGCAAUGACGAUAAAUAAGUCACAAGGACAAACACUGGAUUAUGUUGGUAUUUAUUUGCCUCAACCAGUAUUCUCACAUGGCCAAUUAUAUGUAGCUUUAUCAAGGGCACAAACAUCAUCUACAGUAAAGAUUUUAAUACGACCAGUAUCAUCUCAGAAACUUGCAAAAAAUUACACAAAAAAUAUUGUAUUUACUGAAUUACUUGAAUUGUCAAGAUUAAGUUUAUAA